AUGGGUUCGGCAGCAGCCGCCGAGGCGCGCCUUCCGGAACAAAGCCAGCCAUCGAUUUAUUCCCAAGUUGCAAAUCGAAAGUGGACUCGAGCCCAUCACCACGACAUUUAUCAGAUUAAAUUAUUCCGUAAAUCGUCCAGAAACGGCUCACACCCGCCACCAACUGCAGCCAGCCGAACUCGAAACCGGAAAACGAUAUUCGAGAAGACACAGUUUGUCCUCGGAUGUUUCCUCCUCCCUUUGCCACAAUGCUUGCCACCCAGUACUGGUUAG